CCCCACUUCCAUGCCUGUGCAGCAUUCCCACGCCAGCUUCACAAACCGCCCACAAACAGCCUCAGCACAUGGUCCGAGCAAAGUGGAAGGGUCCCUUCUUCGUGCCCAUGCCUAAAGUCGCCGGCAACGAGCCCAUAAAAACACAAGCACGCUCCAGCACCAUCCUCGCCUCGCACAUCAACAAAAAGUUCCUGGUGCACCAUGGGAACUCCUACCUGCCAGUAUUCGUGACGGAGCAGAUGGUGGGGCGGAAGCUGGGGGAGUUUGCGUUUACGAGGAAGCCAUUUUCGUUCAGGAAGAAGGAUGAUAAGAAGCGAUAGGAGGGGAAGUAUGGGACAUUCGAAAGGAGGAAUUCAGGUAAUUGGCGACAAUCACUUGCACACCUCUGUAACUCUCGAAGCGAAGCUCUGCGGUACCGAGCAC